CCAAGCAUUGUGCCCAGCUGCAUUGCCGCCCUCGAGACCCUUGGUCUUGACAGUGAGGGUCUCUUUCGAGUUCCUGGCUCUGGCAGUCAGAUCGACACCCUCAAGUCAGCCUAUGAUGCCGGGCAGGACCUCUUAGCAGAUGGGUCCAUACCCGAAGGCAUUCAUGCUGAUGCUAUUGCCGGAUGCUUGAAACUCUUCUUGCGGCAGCUGGCAGAUCCCGUGAUGACCCAACAGCACUACUCGACGCUCGUCAAGAUUGGCAACAUGGCAGGCCGGGAUGCACGUUUGCAGGCCCUACGUGCUGCCGUUGAGCGGCUGUUGCCCCCUGCACAUAGCCAAGUGCUAGCCCUUAUCAUGCCCUUUUUGAAACGAGUAGCUGCACACGCCAAUGUCAACAAAAUGAGCGUGAGCAAUCUGGCCAUGGUCUUCGGUCCCACCAUCAUGCCAGCACCCAAAGAUGACAUGGGAGCGAUGCUCCGCGAUGCCACUGCCAUCAACACACUGACUAGCGAAAUGAUAGAGUACUCCGAGUACAUUUUUGCGAAA